AUGGCCUCUUUCCGCCGCUCGCCCGUGCUCUCCCUGGCCCUAUUGGGUGCCCGUAUCGCGUCGUCUGUCGCAACGCAAGUCUCCUCCGGCCCGACCGUUCUGCUGGACAAUGGCACCUUCGUAGGUGUAUCCGAAGGGCAUGUAUCUGCCUUUAGAGGAGUGCCGUUUGCCAAACCACCUGUCGGCGAUCUGCGCUUUCGACUUCCUGUCGCCACUGACCCAUAUGAUGGCACCUACAACGCGACGGCCUUCGGAGACUCUUGCAUUCAGCAAGCUUUCGGCGACACUGACCCCUCCAAGCAGAAUCCAACAGCUGUUGAGAUCAUGCAGGGCAUCGUUGACGCGUUCACGGUUCAGACUCUGGAUAGCGAAGACUGUCUCACUGUCAACAUUUAUACGCCCGCGAACGCGACGCCAGACUCAAGGCUUCCUGUUGUCUAUUGGAUAUAUGGUGGCGCGUUUGAAGGUGGAUCCGCGGUCGCGAGCAACGGGUCUAUUAUCGUGGAGAGGUCCCUAGAACUUGACGAGCCUGUCGUCUACGUCUCGGUGAACUACAGAGUUUCUGCAUUGGGGUUCGCGGGAAGCAAGGAAGUGCGCGAGGAGGGUAUCGGUAACCUUGGGUUGCACGAUCAACGCUUGGGUCUGCACUGGGUGCAGAAGUACAUCUCGUCCUUCGGCGGUGAUCCUGAAAAGGUGACGAUAUGGGGUCAAAGCGCUGGGGGUAUGUCCGUCGGUAUGCAUCUGGUAGCGUACAAGGGCAACAGCUCCGGUCUCUUCCGCGGCGCAUUCAUGCAGUCGGGCGGACCUAUAGACACCGGUGCGCUGGAGGAUGGCCAACCUUUCUUCGACAAGUUCGCUCGCGACGCUGGCUGCGCAGACACACUGGGAUCAGUAGCCGUGUUCGACUGUCUCCGUAACGCGUCCACCGCAAACAUUCGUGCGGCAAUGAGUCAAGCGCCGCGCAAUCUCUUCGACUAUACGGCUGCGUCGUUGGCGUGGAAGCCCCGCGAGGAUGGCGUGUUCUUGACGGAUACUCCGCAGAGGCUGGUACGCGAUGGCGCUGUAGUGGAUGUGCCGAUUGUGACGAGUAACUGCGAUGACGAAGGGACUAUUACUUCUCUCAGCAACACCAACAUCACAACCGAGGACGAGCUGCGCCAGUACCUCAAACAGUUCUACUUCCCCACGGCGAACGACACCAUCAUCGACAACAUCCUUUCCGCCUACCCCGACGACCCCGCUCUAGGCUCGCCAUUCGAUACUGGUCUCAACAAUACGCUUACGCCGGAGUACAAGCGCAUAGCGGCGAUCUUGGGCGACUGGUUCUUCCAGUCUCCGCGCAGACUGUUGCUUUCGGAGCGCGCGGGGUUGAACUCUAGCGCGUUCUCGUAUUUGUACAAGAGGGGCAAGUCCACACCUUACAGCGGUGCCACCCACGGAUCCGACCUCCCCGCGAUCUACGGCCCGAGCGACCUCACAGACGCCCUCAUCAACUUCGCCACGAACCUCGAUCCGAACGGCAAGACGAUCAUCGACUGGCCGGCGUACACCCCCUCUUCACCUGCAUUGCUGACGCUCAGCGAUGGGAACGUCACGCAGAGCAUCACGAAGGAUACCUAUCGUGUGGAGGGGAUACGGGCGAUUCUCAAUGCGUCGUUUGUUGAUCCUUACUAG